AGAGGGAGAGAGAGAGAUAGAGCAAAAACGGCGAAGCGGCUCGGCUCUCGCUCGUCGAUGAUUAUUCCGUCCGUUUCAGAUGGCGGAUUCCACGAGCUUUCAGAGAAAAACCUGAAAACCCAACCCAUCUUUUUUAAACCUUCCCAACCUCUUUUAAACAAAUUCGGUAAGAAAAUAAUAAUAAAUAAAAGAAGAACCCGCAAACCAGCAGCCGAUUUUUUUAAAAAAAUACCUCCCAAAUUGAAAAACGAAGAAGAAGAAGAAGUCUUCUCUUCUAGGGUUUGAUCUGGUCCUGGGAUUAGGAUUUUGUGGUGGUGGGCCACCCAUCCUGACAUGGGCUGUGGCGGUUCCAAAUCAGACGAUCUACCGCUCGUAAGCCUCUGCAGAGAAAGGAAGGAACUGAUCAGAGCCGCUGCUGACAGUCGAUACGCUCUCGCCGCUGCCCACGUCGCCUACUUCCGUACUCUCUCCGACAUCGGCCACGCCCUCCAUCGCUUCGUCAACGAGGAGCUUUCCGUCCUCCCUCAAUCCUCACCGUCCGCUCCUUCGUCGCCUGUCCUCACCCUCCCUCCUUCCUCCAAAGGCAAAUCCUCCUCCUCUUCGUCUACGUCUCUCUCCCACUCCAUUUCCCAGCACAAUUCGCCUCCUGAGGACUCGGAUUCCCACCUGCAUUUCGAUUCGGAAUCUGCGUCCAAUCACACGGACGAGGACGCUCGCAGAAGCGACGGUGGCGGGCCGUCCAGCCCGUACCAGCCCGCGGCGAAUUACUACUACAUGCGGUCGUCGACGGCAGUUCCUUCCGUUGUGUAUGAGCAGCCACAGCCGCAGCCGCUCGACCCAUUGCCGUCCAGCCCAUCCAAUUACUACUACAUGCGGCCGUCGACGGCUAUCCCUUCUGUUGUGAAUGAGCAGCCACCGCAGGGGCAGCCGCACGACCCUUUCUACGGGUCGGCGGGGUACUUUGGCUUUCAAAUGGGAUCGGCAGUAAACGAUCCUUAUUAUAAUGUCCAGCGGAGUCCUGAAAGGGCUCCGAUGCCUCCCCCGCCACCCCCACCGCCUGAGGUCUCAACUUGGGAUUUCUUGAAUCCUUUCAGUUCGUUCGAGAACGGGUACCCUGGAUAUGGCUAUGGAUAUCCGCAGGGAAGGUAUGGAUCGAGUUCGAGCAUUAGUAGUCCGGAUUCAACCCGAGUGAGGGAGCGAGAGGGGAUUCCGGAUUUAGAAGACGAAAUGGCUGAUCAAGAGCCGCUGCCUGUAAAAGAAGUGAAAAGGGAGAAGAAGUCGGAGGAAGAUUUGGGCAGUGGUCCCAGUGAAGGGACUUCAAAGGCAGGGGCAGCAACAGUGCAGGAUGAUGGGAAUGCUGGUUUGGCAUCGGAGAAAGAGAGUAAGAGCAGUCCUGGGACCACCAGUGGUUCGAAGAGUACCGGAGGGGAGGGGCGUGUUAGGAAGAAAGGAGUGAGUUUUGAGAUGGAACAGCCGGCAGUGGCAGAGAGCAUUGAGUCUGCUCGGCCAAGUAGUUCAAUUUCUUUGUCUACUAGCCAUCGGACGCAGGAUAUCCGGCAAGGCACGCGGGAUAUUCGAGAAGUCGUGAAGGAAAUCAAGGAUCAGUUUGAGACAGCAGCAGAUUGUGGCAAGGAUUUGUCAGUGAUGCUUGAGGCGGGCAAGCUGCGGUAUCGGCGGAGGAAUCCCAUAUUGGAAGCAAUCUCUUGCAGGAUGCUUGAUGCUGUGGCUCCUCCUGCAUUGACAUCCUCACGGCCUUUAACUAAGCAGUCAAAACGGUCGGCUGCAAAUAGUCCGAAAAUGGCCAAGGCCCGGGAUGGGGAUUUUGAAAAGGCUGCGGGUAUGAAGUCUGGGAACCUUUCUUCGACUUUGGAGAAGCUUUAUGCAUGGGAGAAGAAGCUUUAUAAGGAAGUUAAGGAUGAAGAAAAGCUGCGGUUAAUUUAUGAAAAGAAGUGCAAGCAGCUGAAAUAUCUGGAUGAUAGAGGCGCAGAGUCUAACAAGAUUGAUGCUACUCAGGCUUCAAUAAGAAAGUUGCUCACAAAAAUUAGCAUCACUAUCAAAGCCGUUGAUGCUAUAUCAAGCAGGAUACACAAAUUAAGAGAUGAAGAACUGCAGCCACAAAUGACUGAAUUGAUUCAAGGGUUGAUAACAAUGUGGAAGAACAUGGUUAAGUGCCAUCAAAAGCAGUUCCAGGCAAUUCUAGAAACCAAAAGUCAUAAUCUCAAAGGGAAAACCGGUAUUCAAAGAGAUUCCAGCAUGAGGGCUGCCAUGGAGCUGGAGCAGGAGCUCCUAAAUUGGUGUUCCCGUUUUAAUGACUGGAUCAGCACUCAAAAAGCAUACAUUGAAGCCCUGAAUGGGUGGCUGCUGAGGUGGCUACUCCAGGAACCGGAAGAAACGGCAGAUGGUAUUGUACCUUUCUCCCCAAGCAGAGUUGGGGCUCCUUCCGUCUUUGUCAUCUGCAAUGAUUGGUACCAUGCAAUGGAGAGAAUAUCAGAGGCCGAAGUGUCAAGGGCAAUACACACAUUUGCUGCAAGAGUGCAUAUGUUGUGGGAAAUGCAAGAUGAGGAGCAGCGCCAGAAACUGAAGGCUGAGUAUCUCUCCAAAGACAUUGAGAAGAGGCUCAAAUCUCUGCACAAGGGGAGUGGAAUGCAGGGGAAUCGAAGUGCACUGGACGGUAGUGUUGUGUUGGUCUCUGAAAAGGAUAGCAUUGUUCUGCCCAAUGAUGACCGCAAAAUGGCAUUGGAUUCAAUGAGAAAAAGGUUGGAUGAAGAGAGAGAGAAGCACAAGGAAGCCGUUAAACGAGUACAUGAGGUUGCUUCCGGUAGCUUAGACAUGGGUUUUGUUCCAGUUUUUGAGGCCAUGGAGAACUUCACUUGUGAGACACUGAAAGCUCACGAGGAAGUGAGAAUCCAAAGCAGCGGAGGCACAUAAGGAUAUCAGAUUCAGUUUGCUGAUUUGGAUCUUCCUGGAAAUUGAAUCCUAUGUGGGUCAUGACCACGGGGACAGAGUUCCACCAAGCGCGGGCAGCACACGGUAUGGCUGGUGAACACAUUGUUAUAGCAACUAGAGAGAGGUUAUGACCAAUCAGCUGCUACUACGAUGAAGCAUGGAAGAAGUGGGUUGAGAGUGCACGACGGCAAGAAAAAACACUGAAGAGCACCAGCCGUGAGGGUUCGGUAAAACCCACUGCAUACAAGAACAAGCAGCUGAACAAAUGUAUUCGGGUUUUUUUGGCAAAACCCAGUAGCGGCAGUCACAUAGUUGAUAAUCAAAGCUAACAAAGGGAUAUGAUAUGAGUUGUACAGAAUUCAUUGAUUGGUUGGUUGGUCCGUCCAUUGGUUGAUUGGUGUAUCAGCGGGCCUGUGUGGACGGCGGGGAUACCAGUAGAAGGAUACCCAUUUGUUUUAACAGUUACAGCACCUUUAGCAAGUAGAGAAAUAUCCAGUUUUGGUGAGCUAUUAAUUCUAUCUCGAUUCCUCAGAUGCAAAUAGAAGGGGAA